CAGAGAGAGAGAGAAUUGAAUGGGAGAUGGGAAUCACAGUAUGUGGGGGCAUUUGCCCCUUCUAGUGAGAGCGAACUCCAAAGAUUCCGUUGAGUACUUACUCCAAGCCCUCUGGCGCACCCGCCGCACCGGCCUUGACUCCGCCGACCGUCAAAUUUUCCGUGAUAUCCUUCAACUCCCCACCGAUUCCGACCUCGACCCUUUAUUAGUGUGCCUACGAGUGUUGAUCCGAAGAUGCGUUUAUGACAAUGUUAACAAAGACGAAAUACAUAAAUUGUUCCCUUCCGAAGUCCUGCCUGAAUUGCAAAGAUUAUUGACACUUCUACUCCAAAAGUUCCAAAGAGAGUGGCGAGAGGAUAUAGCAAAUGACGAGGUCAUCUUGCCCCGUUUGAAAUCAAUGACAUGGAACAUGGCAAAUCAGAAUGUCGAACAGAUGGAGCCUUCGGCUGUUAUUAACUUGAAGCUUCAGAAUGAUGGUCAGACGAACUUGGGCGAAAGAGACGUGAAAUUCCAGCUGGCGAAAGAUACUAUGGAGAUGAUGUUGAAGUCCAUGUAUUGUAUAGAAGACCAGAUGGCUGAACCUGGUGAAACACAAGAGAGACACGUACGUAGUUCAUAAUUCUAACGUGGCUUAAAAGCAGCCAAUGAGAAAGUUUUUCCUUGUUUUUUUUUCGUUUACAUUUGAGGUGCCUCAAUUAUACUUACGUGAUCUGCCGAUCGGUGUGGCGCUUCUUCGACCCUGCUUCCGAUCUUUGGGAGAUUCAGUAGUCGGUUUUUUGUGCUAAACUUUAAUCCAUUAUGUUUAAUGUUAUUCUGGUGGCACUUGUUUCAUAUAUAUACUUCAGCUCAAUAAUUUUGCCUCUGUAAAUUCCUUUGCUUGAUUCUGCACUUUUGUUUCAUAUUUUUAUUUUUUAUUUUUUCA